UGCUUGUUGGAUCUUGGCAAUCAUCAUGCUGCGCAAACACGUGCGGCAUUGAGGCCAUGGCGAUGGUACCUUGCACACCUCGAUGACGGCUGGGCUGCAGAUUGCGCUUGAUGGAGCGAUGAGUGGUUCGUGCAGCCUCACGAUGGUCAUGGCUAGGCAUAAGAAGUCCUCGCCCGCAGUGGGUGGUGUGCUGAAGGAGUCCACGCCUCUCGUUGCUCGUUGUUCAUUGCCCUCGCUCUUAUUCUCGCCGCCAUGAAGCUCACUUCCGCGGCUGUCCUGGCCUUGACCGGUUUGUAUGGCACCGCUUUUGCGUGCGAGGCAUGUGCUGGCGAUGGUGAGAGCGAUAUAGUACUUACUCGCAACGUCCGCCGCAUGCAGCCCGACGCGCAGAAUGCCUCAUCGCUGCCACGCUCGCCGCUCGCUUGGGGUCAGCUUAACUUCCUCCAUACCACCGACACUCAUGGCUGGCUAGAGGGCCACCUGAAGGAGAAGAACUAUGGCGCCGACUGGGGCGACUUUGUGAGCUUCGUCGCAGAUAUGAGAGCAAAGGCGGAUCUUUACAAUGUUGAUUUGUUGGUUGUCGACACUGGUGAUCUCCACGAUGGCGCUGGUCUCAGCGAUGCAACAAGCCCCAAUGGCGUGUUGAGCAAUCCCAUAUUCGAGGAUAUCAACUAUGACCUGCUCACCAUCGGCAACCACGAGCUCUACAUCAAUGACAUAUCUUACGAACACUACUAUAACUUCAGCGUGCAUUAUGGCGACCGCUACCUUACCAGCAACGUCCAGAUCUACAACCCGAACCUUAAGCAGUUCGAGUACCUUGGGCAGACGCACCGCUACUUUCAGACCAAGAGAGGUAUCAACAUCAUGGCAUUCGGCGUUCUCUACGACUUUACUGGCAACGGUAACGACACCAAGGUCAUCCCAGCCCGCCAAAUGGUGAACCAGACAUGGUUCCAGGCGGCCAUCCGUACACUUGACCCUGUUGACGUCUUUGUGCUUAUCGGCCACAACCCCGUGAGACCGACCGUGUCGGGCAGCACGCUCAGCAUUGUCUACAACGCCAUCAGGGCCGUACGUCCGGACGUGCCCAUCCAAAUCUUCGGUGGUCAUACCCAUGUUCGCGACUUCGCCGUUUAUGACGAUAAGACCACCGCGUUGGAGUCCGGCCGAUACUGCGAGACGCUCGGCUUUUUGAGCUUGAGCGGCUUACCAAGUGCUACCUACCACGGCGCGGUGUACCCCCCGGGUGUGCCGAACCCGAGCAUGGCGGCAAAGAAGAUCGGUCCAUACGCCACUACUACGGCGACCGCAGCUCUGACUACUUCCACUUCGCCAUCGAGCUUGGUCUACUUCAGACGGUACCUUGACUGGAACCGUCAAACGUUCAUGUACCACGGCAUCGGCCAAUAUGUCACCACUUUCGACACUUCAGCAGGCGUCAGCGCCACGCAGAACAUCACUACGACGCGUCAGCAGCUCAACCUGACAACGCUUUACGGCUGUGCUCCACAAACCUACUGCAUCAGUUGCGCUCCCUUCCUCAGCAACGGCAGCAUCUACACCAUACUCACUCAGGCACUGUCUGCCGUUGUGGUCAACCAAACACGCGCCACCAUCCCUCGCCUGAUCAUUCUCAAUACCGGUUCUGUUCGAUUUGACCUGAUCAAGGGCCCAUUUACCUACGAUGACAGCUUCAUCGUUUCCCCUUUCACGGACGCCUUCCAGUACAUCCCGAAUGUCCCCUACAACCUCGCUUCUCAGGUGUUGGCCAAACUCAACGCCGGACCGUACCAAAAGCGCAGCGUCGAGCCCGAGCUCGCCGCUCGCGACUUCAGCUUCUACAACCCAAGCAUGAACCAGCAGGACACUUGCGUCGACCCUGUGGUCUCCACUCACGGCGGCCUCCAAAAGCGCGGCAACAUUGUCCGUCGCCAGAACUACACCGUCACACCCGGCUACACCACAACGGAUGAUUUUGGCACCGACGGCGAUGACACCAUUCACAGCACCAUCCCCUACUACAGCACUCCAAACGACUUCCAAGCCAAUGCAUCCUUCCCUACGAAUGGGAGCUUGCCUACUGCGGUUGAUUUGAUCUUCCUCGACUUCAUCGCGCCAAAUGUGUUGUCCGUGUUGUCCGGACUGGGUGCUAAGUACACAACUAAUGAUGUGGCGUAUUAUCUGCCAGAGAGCUUCACAACGAACAGCUAUCUGCCGCUCUAUGCGCGGCGGUAUUGGCAGGCAAAUGUGCCAAACUGCCCAAUUGGACAAGGCGUUGGCUAUAAUGACACAACCUCAUAAGAGAGAGCUGAGUGAUGAAUGAAUGAUGCGUUAGGCAAGUAGCCGACGUCAUGAUUAUACGAGAACGGGAUUCGUAUGAUAUAUAUGCAAUAUACGAACACUUGAUGAGUGAAAGCUCGGCAUGAAACGUUACCUGUCCGGCACGCGCAGACGUG